AUGGACAGACAACAACCCCUUCUCACCUUCCAAUCUCUCAUGAAAAUCCCAUCUCUCAGAGACACAAAGGUUAGAGAAAUACCAUCAUCAAUCUCACAUGACCCACUUCAUUCAACCAUCAUCAGCAUCAUCGAUGAAGAAGCCCCUUUAGACCCAUUCUACAUCAUGGACCUUGGCUUAGUGAUCACCCUCUAUCACUCAUGGGUCCACCACCUCCCUUCCAUCAAACCCUUCUUCCCAGUGAGGUGCAAUCCAGACCGCACAUUACUCACCACCCUCGCAGCCCUUGGCAGCGGCUUCGACUGUGGCAGCCAAGACGAAAUCAGUCACGUGAUCUCCUUAUCGGUCCCACCGGACCGAAUCCUGUUCUCGAACCCAUGCAAGGCCGAGGAACACAUCAAGCAUGCUGCCCGCGUCGGUGUUAACAUGCUCGUCUUCGAUUCGAUCGAAGAACUAGACAAGGUACGUAAAUGCCACCCUCAUUCUACAUUGUUGCUGCAGAUAGCAUGUGAUGGUGGGACCACUUCGCAAUACGUUGUUCCUAGCAAGUAUGGAGCACUAGCCCAUGAGGUGGCCCCACUUUUAAGGCAUGCCCAACGGUUGAGAUUAGAUGUUGUAGGCAUCUCACUCGAUUCUGAAGGAAGUGGGUCGCAACCUAAGGCUCAUGGGCACACUUUAGAAGCAGCAUAUAACGCAAUCCAAGCCUUUCCUCAAGUGGGCCAAUCCAAACCUAGAAUAAUCAACGUGGGUGGUGGCUUUAGCUCCAACACUGGCUUUCCCAAGGAAGCGAUUGCCAUUCGGCAAUCGCUACAAGCUAAGUUCCCGGAGCUUGCAGCCAUGACGGUUAUCGCCAGCCCGGGAAGAUUUCUAGCUGAGACAGCAUCUGUUCUAGUUACAAACCUGAUUGGGAAGCGUAUUCGAGGUGAUCUACAUGAGUAUUGGAUCAACGAUGGUGUUUAUGGGUCUAUGAAUGGUGUGGUCUAUCAUAAGAAGGGCGUGCAAGCUAUGCCGUUUGCUUAUGUGUCACGGCGUGCGAAUCCCACGUGCAAAGGGCUUCCGACAUUUCGAUCGACGGUGUUUGGGCCGACUUGUGAUGCGCUGGAUACGGUGUUCACGGAUCGGCAGCUGCCUGAGCUUUGUGUAGGGGAUUGGUUGCUGUUUCCCAAUAUGGGUGCGUAUACACAUGCUUCAGCAACUAACUUUAACGGUUUCUUUGCUGCUAACAUACGCACUAGGUAUAUUUUUACCAAGCCAAGCUACGUAAACAAAGGUUGA